AUUUUAAAGUGACGUGUGUAAUGAGGAUGUGCUGAAUAACAGUGAGGACCAUAGAAAACUACAUUUUCUCGCAAUUUGCUAAGUCUAUGUUAGGGAAGGGUAGACUAUCUAUGAGGACGAAACCGCAGUUCAAGCACUAGGUUGUAACUAAUUUAAAGAGAAGGAAUAUAAUGCACUAGCGCCAUAUUAACGCAGCGGUAUCGUAUUUGUGUUAUUUUUAUUAUUAGAACGACGAACACACAAAUCGUAAGCGAUGUCGCUAGGCGUCAAAAUCCCACCUUCAUCGGAAUCAAUCAUAGCUCAGCUGUUUGUAUUGGUCAUUACAAAGAUGUUUUCUACAUUUGGUCCACCCUCACAACGGUAUACUAUGUGGCCACGGAUUAUGUAAGUGGAUCCAUGGAUCACUUUGGACCGAUUGGUUUUAUCUAUGCCAAGGAAGACUAACCGAAAGAAAGAUCAAGCUGUUGGUAUAUAAAGGCUAAACGGAAACUACUUAUAUGUUUUUUAUUGAAAAUGGGCGUUAUUAGAAAGAGUGACGCAAAACUGGGCAUUUUUGCCUCAUCAGAGGAAUCGCUUGGCAUUCCUGACUCGAGUGAUGAUGAUCAUGCAGGAUCAUCUCACGACGAUGCUCAAUCAGCCCCAGUUAGCCAUGCCUAUAGACGCCUUCGUAAUAGAGUACCCUCUGUACCAGUGUCAUUUUGCAGUCAGAGGAAGUGUUUAGGCAAGAGGAGAUCUCGCCGAUAUGAUAAUGUGAAUCAGCUCAUGACGUUAUUGGAGGAAGAAGAACUCGGGGAGGUGUCAAUCUAUGAUCUAGUCCAGAAUUCUAAUGAUGCUUUUCAAAGAUUAUUGGAGGAUAGGGAUUCCUUAGAGGCCUGGGACAACUUCAUUCAAAGUAGUGAAGAAGUGCAAUUGGUGAUAACUUCAAAUAAAGGUUUUGUUUCACGGUCUAGGAAAAGAUUGGUGUAUCUUCCUUCCAAUUUACCUGUGACUGGAGAUCAAGCUUUCAGGAACAUUAAAACUGGUUUGCGCAAUGUCCUGAAAAAGAAUCGUGUACCGCUGGGUAUGCUGGAGUUUUUAGAAAAUCAAGUGGUGGACUUCUUUUCAAAAAUGCCGUGCGGUAUUUACACUUCAUCAUCGUUGUCUAGUUAUGAGAGACUGCUGUUACACGCUGUAUCCCAGUACCACUGUCUUAUUUCACACAGUUUUGAUUCUGCAAAUGAAAAUGUUCGCCUGGUGAAAGUCUCCAAUCCUUUUGAAGUAUACCGGAUUCCGGCAGUGCUUUUGGGACAGUACCUGGAAAACAGGCGAAAGACAGCUGCAGCCAGCCAUUGACUGAAGUGAAUUCCUCGAUUGAAGCAUUACAUAGUUGGUUGUUAUGCUCUUGUUAUUGAUUAUGUUUUAAAUUUUGGGUUUUAAAACUAAUAUGGUAUGGCAGAUAUACCCAACUGUAAGAUGACUGGAUUUAAGAUGACACCCCCCAUCACAGGUAUAUUUACCUGGCAUAAACAUAUGUUCUUUCCAUAUUUUCACAACGAUACCUUAUGCAAGGCCAACUACACUGUUGAGCAUGGGAGGGUGGCUCGUGACAGACAAAAUGUACCGCAAAAGAAAGGUAAACAGCUGCAUUUGAGUGGUUCCAAAAAUAUAACACUGGAUAAAUAUCAUGCUUAAGUAUGGCAGUAACAGUAAGCAAAAUUGAAUGAUUAUUGCUUCUUUUUCACUUCAUAGAUGAGGCUAAAGCCUGUUGUGACGACAGUUAAUCAGGUCAGCUUUUCAUAUUUUAGCAUCUUUAGUGCUUUAGAGUAGUAGGUGGCCAGCCUGCUGCCUGUGCACAAUUUAUAUAUUUCAUCCUGAUUCGACUGCCAGAGUCAUCUGGUAGUGAAACAGGAGAGAGAUGUCUGAGAAACGUGACUUCUGAAUUUUGCUUACCAAUCAUCUUUUUUUAUGUAGGAUUUGAGGUUUUCAUCUUUCUUAUGUUCGUAAGGAUCUUUUACAUGCCGUAAAUCUACGACAUGGGACUGACGGCUUUACUUGCCCUCCGAAGGAAGUUGUGCUACAGAUUUUUAUUACCCUUAAAAAUCCAUUUACCUUGGCUGGGUUUGAAUGUAUGAAACUUGGGUGCAGUGGCAGACAAAACUACCACUCGACCACCUUUUAAUGCUUCGGAAUAUUUUCAUGUAAGUAUAGGACUGUAUGGGUAUACGAGUUUUUGUUUAUUUCACAGUUACCGCGUGUGUAUUUCUCCAUAAUUGCUUUUUCUUAUACAUGUUUCUUCAUUCGUAGUAUAAGAUGAUCCCAUAUUUUUAAUGAAAAAAGUAAAAUUUGUUCACCGUACGGUUGGUUAAGUAUGAUGCGUUGAGUCAAAAAAGUGUAUACUAGCAGACAAUACAUCUUAAUCAUGUUGACUUGAAAGAAACUGUCUUGUUGAAUUUACUUGUUCUGUUUAAUCAUUAGAAAGUUUCAGUGUUUACAUAUUCUUUUUUCGAUUUUAUAGUUUUGCCCUGGUUUUGUUGGUCCCAUUAAGAUGGUUGAUUAUGAAUGACAAAAAUAGAAAUGAGUAGAGAUGCUGAGGAAGAACUUGUGGGCUUCUUCAAAUUACUUUGUUGGUAUUUGCAGGGACUGAGCACAUGGCCAUGGAAUAUCUUCAGGUUAGCCCAGAAAUCUUUCUUAAUUCUGUUUUUAAUGAUUGGGAUUGAAAACGUCCCUAAUUACUACUUCUAAGCAAAAAAAUUAAAUUGCCACAACCCCAGUUAAGACAUGAACUUCUUUAUUGUCGUCGUAAAUACAAUCAUUGUUAUGUGGUUUGAAGUUUUUAAUUUUUCAUAAAUUUUAAUUUCAGUCUUUAGCAGGUAUAUUUUUGAGGUCCACUAAAAAAUUUUUUUAAUGACAUUUCACUGUCUGCUGAGUUUUCAUAGCAUUAAUAGUACUUUUUCUUACCCUUUUGGGAAGUGGGCUAUUUAUGUGUAAAUUGCAUAACACGCUGUGUCCGAUUGUCACGGGGUCACCGGUUUUUUUAAAAGAACGUUAUCACUUGCUGAUGUGUCAUUACGGUUUGCAAUGCCAUCUGUCCUAUUUUGUGGAGGAAUAAAUUCCUAUAAGAUUUUUUAAAUAUGCUGUGGGACUGAAAAAGAAUAAAUGAAUUAUAACUAGGUAUUCUGUCUGAACUUUCAGUUUCAGUGUAUAAAGAUUUAAUGUACAUAGAAGCUUGUGAAGUUCGCUUUUAUUUUAUUAGAACUUUUUGUGAUAAUAUUUGUAUAUUUUGUUUUCAUGGUGUAUGUGUGCUACUUCUUUCUAUACAUUUACAGGAUAUUGUAUUUUACUUGAACAGUCUUGAUUUCUUUCUGGUGGUAAGUUUAUUGGAAUAUCUUCUCAUCCUACCACCUCCCCAUCUCGUGGUAUGUUCGGCAGGAGCAAUAAGCAACGCGUGGUAUGUGAUAUCACACCAGAGCAAUAAAAUUUAUAUAUUUUUUUAAAUGUUUGUGAAUGAAGUGAUCACUGCUUACCACAUUUGCUAUAAUUUGUACCAAUUUAAUAAAUAAUUCACUGUUCUUCGGUAACUUUAUUACUAAAUACUAUGAUGUGCUGCGCACUAGAUGGUUCCGUAGAUGAUGCAGUGAGACACUACAAAUUACCCCCUCCGUACUGAUAGGUGAUAUGUAUCAUUCAUUUAUGUAGCAGAAAAGUUGCUUUUGACAUACAUUACCUACUGUUGAUAAUUUAAAAAGUGACUCUGCUGUUCCGAUGUGAAAGAUUCAAAUUGCUCUGCGUGUUGUUUCUAUAAGCAGCAUGUAUUAUGUAUCAACUGUUGCUUGUUGCUUCAGUGUAAAUACUGCUUAAAGUUUGUAACCACUGUGUUUCGUAAGUGUGAUAUUCUCAACACGAAUACUAAUUGUAUUUGUUUAAAAUCUCUGAUUACUCAUGAAUAUUUGGGUUGUAUGGAAGUAUGUGCAUUGUGACUUGAAAGUAAUUUCUUAUUUAUGUACAUGUUUUCACUUCAGUUACAUUUUUAGAUUUGUUAACUUUAAUCUUGACUUGGUCUGAAAAUUAUGAUUUAUCAAAUUGCAACAACAUAGACCUUUACUGAGAAACAUUAUUGCUCUGUAGAAUUGGAACUUUUGAGUUACCUGAUUGCUUUGGUCCAUUAUCCUUUUAUAAUUGUUUUUUGAGUUUCGGAGGUUUUGCCGUCACUUUAAACUUGGAAGUUUACUUUAUUUAGAACAGAAAAUAUUUUUUUAUAACAUUGGAUUUUUGGCUUCACAAAAAUAUUUUUGUUUUACAAGUUUUCAUAGUUAAACAUUUUCUGCAGAAGCAUGUUGAUGACCUUACUGUGGUUCCAGCUGUCUUUCAUUUUGUAAUAAAUCAUUUCAAAAUGUAUUGAGUGACAAUUAAAUGAAAUCCUGGUAUGUUGCUGGGAACACUUACUCCCAGUGUGUAAGCAGGAUGUUACAAAGGCAUGCAGGGAACAUAGCGAUAAAGCAGCAAACUUUUAAACUUGGCACUUGAGGGAGCUGAAUGAUCACAUGCACAUCUUCCAGUUCGAUGGACACCCAGCUGUAUUCUGAAUGAAAGGGUAAAGAGAGAUUCCAAUAUUCCUGUUGGGAAUUGAAUCCCUGCUAUAUAAAAUUCUAGUAGUCUUUAAAAAUAUGUGUUAGAUGAGUCCAAUUAAUUAAUGUGUAAAGUAGCAUAUUUGUUAUAUUUUUAGUGACUGUAUAAUAGUCGCUUCUAUUGCAAUGUGAUUGUCUCCAUACUUUAUUCUAAAAAUGUUUCUGAUGAUUUUAUAUAAUAUUUACUUUGUGUUGGACUGUGUAAUUUCAGAGUUUAUAUACAAAUGCAUUAACAUGUAUUAGUAGUAAUUGUGUUAUUUUUUAUAAAAGGAAAGUCAGUGGGAAUAGGGUUUCAUAACAACAUUAAAUGAGGAUUUUAGUGUGAGGUAAUUUUAAAUGUGUUCAGUAAUUCUGUUUUACACAGUAAAUUGAUAGUAAUUGAAAUGAUAAACUUUGUGUUCAGAAAACAAAGAUUGUGAAUUGAUGGUGAGUUUGAAGCUGUUUUUAAAAAUACUUUCUUUCUAUAUAUUUUACAGUAUACAAUUUACUUCCGACUUAUUUUACAAUGGUAUGAUAAUUCAGUUCUUUAUGAACUGAUACUUCUCACAAACAUUAAGAGCAGACCACAAAUCAUUGUCCAUAAAUUAUAGAAAAAUUAUAGUGGUGGACACCUCUUAACUGGCUUUACAUUUACAUAUGUAUUUAAUUGCAUAAGUACAGAAGAUUUAAUUAUGAUAGUGAAAGUAUUAUCAAACAAAUUUGCUACAUGAAUCUGCAGUUUUGGGUACUUUUUGUUUUUCCACUCUUUCUGCAAACAAAUGGUGGGAUAAAAUUAAACAUACCCAAUUACUCUUAAAUGGUUAAAGGCAUUCUGUGGAACCUUCAGUUUUUGGGUGACAAAUUUGGGAAAUUUCCAUGAAUGUCUGUUAGUAUCCACCCAAAUGACUGAGAUAACUUGCUCAUCAGAGUUGAGUGUAAAAAAUGCUAUGGUGAUUCUGAAGUUUUAUCCUUAUAAUGCACAAAUUUAGGGAACCUGUCAGAGGAAAGACUUCAGUAUUAUGGGUGGUUAAAACUUUGUGUAGCUCAUCUGGAUAAUUGGUAUGUGUUUCAUGAACAGUUGUCAAUCAUUACAAGUUGGAGUAAGGUGAUGUCUUGUAAUUUUAUAAUUGUCAUUAUUUCCCAUUAGUGCAUUAUUAUAAUUUGGGGUUAUGUUCCCAAAUGGCCAAAAGGAAUUAGAAACCAACUAUUUUUAUUUUGUUGGAUGAAAUGAAACAUACAAACAUUGGAAAGAUUAUUACAUAUCUAUAAAAAAUUGAAAUUUCAGGUAUGUAUGUUUGCUUAUAUUUUAAGAAUUCAUGCACAAAUUUGCACCAAAUGUGGUAGACUUAUUGAAAAAAGGAGAAGAUUCUAGAAAGGUAAAAAAUCCAAAAAAAGUGCCUUUAUUGUUUUUCAUAAUCACCAUGUUAACAAGAGGAAUUACAUUCUUAAACAUGGAAACCUUUAUGAGAAACAUAAAUUUUUAUGAAAAUUAAGAUGACUUCAUUGUACCAACUUGCAACAUCCAAUAUACAAAAGUGGAUACCACCAAAAUGCUGAUAGUACGGUAAAUAUUUUAUGUUCAUAAAAGGUAAUUUUGCUUUAUCAUUCUGAAAUUUUUCAGUCAUGUAGCUGUAACAGUUUCCAUAAAACUGGAAAAGAUAAUCUCAGAUGGUUACCAUACAAAUGUUGGAAAGAUGCACAAUUCCUUUUCACAUGUUCAUUUUUUUAUGGUAUAAGAAUAUAUAGACUUUACAUCUCUAACUCCUAAAUUUAUCAUUGAAAUUGACUUAAAAUUAGCAUUUUACUUUAAGUAUAUCACAAAAUUAUAAGAUCUAUUUUUGUUCCUCUGUUUAACUCUAUAUCAACUUGACAAUAUUUAGUACCAAAUAAGAAAUGAUUACAAAUGGUAAGUUCAGGAUAGAAAAUGUCAUGGAUUAUUUGGUGAUACUAAUGUAUUUUAUUAUUCACCUGGAGCAACUGUAGGGGGAAUGCAGCAGAUGGAAGAUUAAAUCCAUUAUUUUGUGCAAAAUAAUCUGUUAUUCACUGUAAUAAAAGCUUUAUUUCUUUAUUCGUAAACUAAAUGGUCUGUUUUCUAAAAUCAAGCUUAGUAAAAAAAAUUAACCGUGUAAACAUCACUUCAGUUUGGGCCAGUUAAGAGGGAUUGUCUUCAUACAUUAUUUUAUGUUCCACUAUGGUGCACUGCAUUAUGCAUGAAAAUUAAUGCUUAUGCAAUGAAUAUUAACUGUAUUGACCCACUCCAGCUACUGUGUUGUGAAAAACAUUACGAAUAAUCAAACAAUGAAGCACAUCUUCAUUUUGAAUAUACCUAUUUUAAAAUCAGUAUCACUGUAUUAUGUGCAAUGAUCCUUAAUGCCUGGAUCAAUUAUUCCAUUUAUUUAUUCAAAUUACUGCGUGUUUUGUAUGAAGGAAAUGCACAUUUUGUUUCUGAGUUCAGAAUUAACUUCAUAAACAUAAGUCAGAUACAUAUGAGUUCACUCGUCAGUUCUGUAAGCUUUUACGUAUAUAACGAGCAAAAUUUAAUGGUAUCAAUCCACGACAAUACAUAAUGCAGCACCUUUAGAAGGUUAACAAUUUAUCUGUACUGUAUUAUAAUGUUAUGCACAUUCUACUCAGCACACAGUUUGUGGCUAGAACAAUCUACAAUACAUAUGCAAAAGUUGUGUCAUGUGAAAUCCAGUAAUAUCUUCACACGUUCUCAUGGAACACAACUUUUCUGUUCAUGCAAUUAAGAGAGAAGUCUUUGAUCAUUCUUCAAAAGGUAGACCCGGUCAUCUCUCUCCACUCUGUAAGUGAUUUGGAGCGUCGGCAAAUGUGAAUUUCAAACGAUAUGCUUCGGCGACCAGCAUACCAAUUUCAGAGUCGCUCCAAUUUUGAGUUGGCAGAUUCUGUAGCAUCAACAUGAGACCCUAAGAAGACAGUUAUAAAAACAUAUGAUGAUACUAAAUACAGUGUUUAAUAUGAAUUCUAAGUAUAAAGCAACAUACUUCUCACAUGAAGCAAUCUUAAAAUAAAACUGGGAUUUUUGUA